AUGCCUAUUCUCCAAGCUAUGUUUGAAAAAGCAAACCAACUUUUACGAAAACGUGACAACGUCAUCCCGAAGCCAGGAGCAACUGAUGGAUCAUUUAUUGUCGCUGGCAACAGUAACACCAUUCACGUCGUUACACUUGGAAAGGGCGGAUGUCUGAAAUGCGAUAGAAACUGUGUGAAUAAUUCGACAAGAAUAUGCGAACACGUCUUGGCUGUUGCACAAGUGCGUGAAAAAUUGAGCGAGUUUUUAGCAUGGUUCCGCAGAUCUAAAAAAGGACCAAAAGUUCUUGAAAUGGCACUUGGUAGUGCUCCGAAGAAUGCAGGACGAAAGCCGAGCACACGGAAAAAGUCGAAUAAGAAGAAGCCUCAUGUAACUCAAGUGGUUGACCUGCUUGAAGAUCUUAUUGCCGAACCAGUGCCAACUCCUAACCAAAUACCUCCGGCAGCUCCUCAGGCAUCCCAAGCUCCUCACCGUGUUGGCCCAGUGAUUCAACCACCUCCCGUGGUGUCUGGUAGUGGAGGCCCUCAAGCUCCUCAGUUCAAUCCAACAAUUCAACCUCCCAUGGUGUGUGGAUUCCCUCAGACCCCUGCGCAGCAACUAGCAUAUCAUUUACCUUCCCUAUUUUCAGGAUCCCCUCAUGAUCAUGCUCCUCAACAAUACCUAGCACCCCAAAUGCCUGCCAUAAGCCCAUAA